AUGCUAACAAGUAGGAGCAAUAUUCAGUGUUCAGCAGUCAACUCCAAAGGCCCUUUCCCUCUAGGCCCAUUCCCAAGACACAUCUGGAUCCACCACAACACUCCCCAGGACAGCUUAGAUAAAGCUUGCCAUGAAAUCUGGAAGAGAGUCCAAGGCCUCCCUGAGGAACUACAGCCCAAAUCUUCAUCACCUCUUCUGCAGGUUAGCUGUCACCCUAUCACCUCUUCAGAGGCUCUACAAGAAGACAGCAGUAGUAGUCACAACAGUUCUCAAAAGGAAUCUUUGGAAACUAGCAUUUGCAAAGAUGAAAUAUCUCAGCUGGUUGAGCAAGAAUAUUUGAGUCUUACCCAAGAAAAUGCAACAGAGAUAGAAAUGCAAAGAUCUGAAGAUGAGAAAGUGCCUCCUGUUGCUUCAGUAAAGGCUCCAAAUAGCAAACAGCUACUCAUGCUUUCUGAUGGGGACCAGGCUUCAGAUGAGAAGGAUACAAUGGAAAAUGUCUAUAGGGCACUCACUGGAAAUAAAAGAGAUAUGAAGUUGAAGUCUAUUUGUGAUGUCCAGUUGUCCACCAAGUCUACUGUCACAGGCAUUUUACUCCCUGCAAAAUUAAUCCAUAAGAAUAAUAAAAGCACAGAAAGUGGAAACAAUACAAUGGCUUCCAACACUCAAAUUGCCAAGCUCUUGGCUCAGCUCCCACUCAAACGUGUUGAGGCUACCAAAACUCUGGACAGUAAAUUGGUGACUGAAGAAACCAAGCUCAUCAAGGAUCUAUUGCAAAACAAUGUUUUUGGAUCUGUGCCCCACAAAGACAGUAUCACAAGGCCACCCCCAAUUAUGACAAUAACAGAAAGUCAAGGAUCAGGUCAAAAGAAGCAACUCCCAGUGUUUGCCAAGAUCUGCUCAAAAACUGAACCUGAAUUUGUUGCUGAUGGACUCUGUCAAAAUCAUGCAACUUCAACAGUUAUCGAUAAGAACAACCUUAAAUACAGCGGAAAUGUGUUUACCCCACGAUUUCCAACAACUUCAACUACUACCUCAUUAAAGCAACCAAUGUGGCUGAGUUUGAAUUACCCUCCACCUCCUGUUUUUCCCAACCACUCAAGUUUCCCUCAGUAUCAGGCAUUCUCUCAGCAACUCAUCUUUGGGUACCAUCUUACUACUGUAUUCCUGAGUGCUCCAGGUUUCAUUCAUGACAGUGGCUUUGAUGCUCACCAGACUCUGAGUUCACUCUUUCUGCAAGCUGUUGAUGACAAACUAGGAGCCCAAUUCAUUAUUGAAUUACUUUUACCACAAAGGAGUUCAUUAAGUUAG